AUGAAUUCAAGUCAGACUAACACAUCUCUGAAGUGUGAGUAUGACACCAGCGUGUCAUCCGUGCUUUUCCCCUUCCUCUACAUCAUUCUCUUCUUGGCUGCCAUAGUGCUAAACUGUCUGGCAGCCUGGAUCUUCUUCCAGAUUCGAAGCACCUCCACAUUCGUGGUGUACCUAAAGAACGUGGUGGUUGCUGACCUGCUGAUGACGCUGACUCUGCCCGUGAAGUUGCUGACAGACACUGGACUGGUCCCCUGGCAAAUGCGAGCUUUCCACUGCCGCUACUCCGCCGUGCUCUUUUACACCACCAUGUACAUCAGCAUUAUCCUCCUGGGUCUAAUCAGCCUCGACCGCUACCUCAAGAUUGUCCGGCCCUUUGGAAAGAGCGCCCUCCAGAGGGUGGCUGUGGGAAGAGUGAUAUGUGCAGCUGUCUGGAUCAUCAUGUUGUCUAUGGCUCUACCUAACGUGAUCCUGAGUGAUAGGAAACCUAAAGUGGGCAGCAAUGGAAGGCUUAGAUGCAGCAGCAUGAAAGGGGAACCUGGCCUGAUGUGGCAUGAGGGUUUCAACUAUGUAUGUCAGGCAGUGUUCUGGGGAACCCUGGCCCUCAUGGUGAUUUGCUACUCAUUCAUCAGCAAGAAGGUCUACGAGUCAUACAAAGCCUCCCGCAGCAGGUCUGGAGCUGCCAGUCAACGCACUAAAGCCAAAGUUUUUGUGGUAGUGGGUGUGUUUUUUGUGUGCUUUGCUCCAUUCCACCUCGCCCGCGUGCCAUACACCUUAACGCAAACCAGAGGCUUGACCACCCAGUGUUGGGCUAAGAACCAGCUCUACAUCGCCAAGGAGACAACACUCUGGAUUUGUACCACAAACAUUUGCUUGGACCCACUUAUUUAUGUGUUCUUAUGCCACACGUUUCGUCGGAAGCUGACCGCAGCCCUCAGCCGAAAACCUCUUCCUGUUGGAGGAAUGGACUCUCCCACUGAGACUUCCACACGACUGGAGAUGUCAAAGCUGGCUCCUGUGAACAGGGGUCUUGAUGCAUAG